UAAUUCGCAUCCACAGAGGUCUUUUUUGAUUUCCCAUUCCUUCCAAGUCAUCGAAAGAAUAAAAAUUGCAUUUAUGCAUCAGGGGGGCAAUCGGUUCAGCUCGGCCAGCUCGACUGCUGAAGUAGGUCUUUGUUCUGUGCAUCGCCGGAAGCGUCUGAGGGCCGACUUGAUACCAUGGGAGGAGCAGCCGAACCGACUGCGCUGCAACCCUCGACGGGAAUGCCACUUUAAAGAAUCUGUGGAGUACGCGGUUUGUGAGGUGCACAACCGUCGACGUAAUAUCAAUCAAAUGAGGGAGGUACGUAAGGGGGUGUGGGAGUGCCUACCGGACCAUCUUUGCCGGCAGCACGGCCACACCGGUACCGCAAAUGUUCGGGUGAAUGGGUUGCCGACGGAAACGCCGUUUGGUCAGCCUUUUAGCGGUAGACGUCGUGCCCGCAACGAGCGGUACCCCAGUGACUCGUCCAAUGCCAUAAACUGGGCGCCAUCCGCGGCACCCCUCGCAGCGGCUUCGCAGCAGGUGGAGACGAAUGGGGGUGCUCCCCCAGACGAGGUCGGCGGCCAUCUGUUGGAUUCUACCAAGCGCCUCGCCACGUAUAGGGGGGUUGCGGUGGAGCGCAAGGUUCGGUGCGCGCGACAUGGUAAACUUCUCUAUAUCAACCAAUGCGAGAUGCUGCAGGAUUGUUGUUAUGUUUGUCGCGACAGCAGCUUGUGUCUAUCGACUCCUUUGGACCCACCGAGCGCGCUUAUGGAGAAGUCUCCCAUAGAGGUGUUAUGCAUCAAGCAUCAGUCUCUACGUCUUGCAGAGUUUGUCGACCUAAACACGGAUAAAACUGGGUAUCAAUGUCAACGAGGGCACGCUUGCCGGGUCUCGAAACUUCCUACUCGUGUGAAUCUCAGCCUCAGCAAAGGCAGCAUACCUGCAUCCCACGAAGCUAAUGUUCUGCAUCAGGGAGAGGAGGAGGAUUUUGCUACAGGGCAAGGCUAUCCUAGCGCAUUAGCUGCCAACACUUUUGUGCCGUCAUCAGGAAAGGAGACUGUUUCUUCUUUCUUUAUAUAG